GCUACCGAUAACUAGUAUCUUAUAAAAGGCGAAAACUAUACCGAAUGCAGAGAGCUUUCCCGUCGGGCGUCGGCCACCGACCUUGCACAGAAAUCAUCAAGAUAACCACAGUAAGGCUCCAAAGAAGUGCCACAUGCUGGCUAUCAAUUGGGCUUUACUUGAUCCUUCAGACAACAGCUAUGAAGUACGUGUAAAAGGAUCAUAGCUUCUUUAUUGAACAACUAUUUGGACGAGGACAUUUGUCCCCCCAAAGCCUGUGCAUAAAUUUUAGUCGGUUUGUACGUCUUGGAGCUGAAAGUGUGUAGAGGUUCCAAUUAAACCAAGAAAAGGAAAAUCAUGGAAGAUGGCGUGAUAAUAGCUGAAAGCUUGUUGCAUCUUGAAGAAGAAGAAGAUGAUGAUAAGAAAGUUAAUCUUCGAGAAAGUGGAGAAGAUAGGCCAAGUGGGUCAUUACUAAACCAUAUCUUCUCAAACCUGGUCUCUAGAGGGGAAGCUGAUCAUGGAGAAAAAGGAGGUAAAGAAGAGAAUGGAGAGAAGAGAGGUGGGCUACUGGACAAUAUCAUAUCCAACUUGGUUUCUCCUUCGAGUAAAAAAGAACAGCAUGAAGUUUCCCAAGCUAGAGAUGGUGGAGGAGCAGCUGAAGAUCAAGCACAAAAGAAACAGAAGGUAACAGUAGUUGAUGAAGAGAGUGAAAAAGUGAAGGCUGAAGAGGAGGGUGGUGCAGGCAUCAUUGAUCACAUUGUUUCCCACUUUCUUACAUCUCUUCCAGAUGAUGCUGCUCCAACAACUGACGAAGCCACCAUUCUUAUUCACUCCAUCAUCCAUGAUUAAGGGGAAUAAGCUUGUAAGAAUUCUGGAUCUGUAAAUUUGAGCGCAGAGGGAACCUGUCACUUUGUAUUUCCUCGUGCUUUUUCUUUCUCUAGAUGCUUUUCUCACCGUAUAACGUGUUUUCUGCUAAUUCGAUGUAUUAAAAUUAGAAUUCCGACGUUAAAAACUACAGAGGAAAGAUUGAAGUAACUGGGAGAAGGGGUGUGGUUUUGCUUUUUAUGAGAAAUUAUUCAAGACAUUUACAAUAGUCA